AUGUCUGAUCAAACUCAAAGAACUUUUAUCGCUGUUAAGCCAGAUGGUGUCCAAAGAGGGCUAAUCUCGCAGAUUUUGGCUCGUUUUGAGAACCGUGGCUAUAAAUUAGUCGGCAUCAAGAUGAUUGUACCAACUGAGGCAUUGUUGAGGGAACACUACGCUGAACAUGUUGACAGGCCUUUCUUCCCAAAGUUGCUUGCUCACAUGACUUCUGGUCCUGUCGCAGCUAUGGUCUGGGAGGGUUCUGAUGUGGUUGCUCAAGGUCGUACUGUUUUGGGUGCUACCAACCCAUCAAAUGCUCUUCCAGGUACCAUCAGAGGUGACUUUGGUAUCGAUAUGGGUAGAAAUGUUUGCCAUGGUUCAGACUCUGUUGCAUCUGCUGAAAGAGAGAUUAACUUGUGGUUCAAAAAAGAAGAGCUUGCUGACUGGACGUUGAGUCAACACAAGUGGAUCUACGAGUGA